AACACUCUUUGUCACCGAUGGGUCACUGAUUCUUUUUUCCUCCCUUUCUCUCCCUCUCUUAGACACAAUGUGUCUCGAAUAGGACGCACCGGGGAAAACACAGAGGAAUGGAGUGAGGCGUGUGCAGAUUUCUUAUGAUCUCAAACAGACUCGAGCCUCACGUGACAAGUGAGGCCUCAUGGUCGGAGCAUGCCAAGUGUUAGAGCGACGAGGCAGUGGGAGAUCAGGCCCACGGCUGCUCUGCGGGGGAUCAGACGCACCAGGGCCCUGAUGUGGCAGCGGGUACGGGGACUGGCUCGGGCCCGUCGGCGUGGUACGGGCUACCCGGUGGACUACAAUGACCCUGACCGAGAGGAACAGGAAAUGGUGUGCCUUGAGCCCAUGGGAUCAGAGCGGAUGGAGAUGCGAAAGAGGCAGAUGUCGGUGCAGCAGGAGUCGGCAACGGGGGGGACUGCACCGGCCCAGCAGGGCCAGCCGGACCAGGCCAACCCACGGGCCUCAAAUGCAUGUUGCUUCUGCUGGUGUUGCUGCUGUAGCUGUUCUUGGAAUGAAGACCACGAUGACCGGAACCGAAAAGCUUCUUAUGACAUCAAGGAAGGGACCUCAGACUGUGAAGACUGCCCCAAGCCCACGUUGGAUGAGGUGCGCAUGUGGGGGCAGUCGUUUGACAAGCUGAUGUGUUGCCCGGCAGGAAGAAACACAUUCAGACAAUUUCUCCGCACCGAGUUCAGCGAGGAGAACAUGCUCUUCUGGUUAGCCUGCGAGGAGCUAAGCAAAGAGACCAAUAAGAGUGCGAUAGAGGAAAAGGCCCGCGUCAUCUACGAGGACUACAUCUCCAUUCUCUCACCGAAAGAGGUGAGCCUUGACUCCCGCGUGCGCGAGGCCAUCAAUAGGAACAUGCUGGAACCCACCUUGCACACGUUCGAUGACGCCCAGCUGCAGAUCUACACACUAAUGCAAAGAGACUCGUAUCCUCGCUACAUGAACUCCGCGGCCUACAAAAACCUGCUCAACACUCUGUCAGAGCAGUCACCUGAAUCUUAGGGUGGUGAUGACCUGUGAUCUUUUAACUCACCUUUAACUUUACCCCCCUCUCAUUCCUCACCCCCCCCCCCCUUUAAAAAAACGUUACUUUGUAUGUUCAGUGUAGGAUUACAUGAACCGGGCCUCGGGCCCAGGGAUCUGUUCUGUUGUGUGAUCUGCACCUGACCGAAGACACUCAGGUCUCAAAAUCUCCCGAGGGCUUGAAAUCACAAGUACUGCUACAGAUCAACUUAGCAAAACACUCCAAAGGAAUAUGAAUACAUUUAGUUUCCGAUUUCUUUUGAUAGAAAUAAUCUAUUUUAUUUGUGUUCAGAGUUUUUUAUGGUCUGUUGUUUUUUUGUAUGAUUGUUUGGGGGGGAUUAUUCCUACUGUAGACAUACAUAGGCCAUAUAUAAUGCGUUUGUAAAUAGUGAAAAAAAAGUUGGAAUUGUGGGUAUUUUAUGUGGAAACGCCUGGUUCUAUUUACUGCGUAAGAAAAUCAAAGCUCAAGUCAGAGGCUACACGUUAGCUCUACUUGCAGGCAGCUUUGUGGGGUACCGCACAGUUUUACUUUCACCCUGGUUUCGUUACCCAACCUCACACUUUUUGACCUGUGACGUCAACUUGGCAACUCCAGUUAACGCGGGGUCUGCGCGUGACUGAGGCGGAGUCACACGGUGACGACAGCUCUCGUCACGCUCGCUUCAUUGAGAAACUCGGACCGGUAACAGAGGGGUGCUAAACCACAGAGGAUUGCCUGUUUAUGAAAUGUUGUUUUUUUUAAAGUGCGACUGACUGCACAACUUAAAGACUAAAUAUCGGUGUGACAUAAGAUGCUAUUUACCAGAUAAUGUAUUUUUAUUUAUUGAUAUUUAUUGCCAAUUUUCAGAAAAGUUCAUAUUAAAAAAAUCUAUACUAUGGGGAAAUAUACUCUCAACUCAGUGUUAGAAAAUGUGGUAGUUUGGGUAACACUAUAUUUUAUGGAUCUGUAAUUUCCUAAUAGCGUUAUUGGGAGUUUUCUGGUAAGAAAUAUAAUUAAGUUAUUAUUUGUUUAUUAGGCAGGAACAUUGAUAACACUCUCGUGUUUGUACAGUAAAUCUGAAGCCACAGCCAGCAGAUGACGACAUGUGCCGGACUAUUUCUCAACUCUGAGCAAUUUCUAAGCCACCAGCAGACCCUCAACGACGCUCGGAGCAGUAAUCUUCUCGGCUCUCCAGGGGUUCUCUGGUAGCCCAGGCCAAAAAAAUAGUCCGGCACAUAAUCAGAAGCUUUGGCGUAUAAACUGUAAUCUAAUAUAAGUGUACAAAUAUCCUUGUCUAACUUCCUGUCAGAAAGAUGAAAAAGGUUUAUUUUUUAAUUCUCCACUGAGGUUUGUACAUUUGCUGAUCGGAUUCAGAAGUGACAACGCGCUGUAGGUUACACCAGCAAAUAAUAUUAGUGUAGCUAAAGUGUCCCCUACUCUAUGUAUACUUAACUACAUUAUUCUUUCCAGAAACCUGUUGUAAAUUAUUUUAAAAACAAAUAUGGACCUGUAAAACAGAGUGUUAUUGAAAUCUGUAUGACACUGACAUUGUUGGACAGCGGGUCGAGUCUCUUCUUUGUGACUUUAAGGUCAAAAACAGCUCAGCUGCUGAAUGAAAGUGACUUGAAACAAACACUGGGGUGAGGCCGGGUUAGCAGCAACACCAAAGCUACCAUGUAAACUGUGUUCAUAUGUAUAUCGCAAGCAUUUCUUUUUUUUUUGGGUCAAAUUGGAGUUGCCAAGUGUUCAAAUACUGUAAUGUACUCUGAUAGUUUAAGUCGAUUUACUUUGUUGCCUCACAAACAUGUCACUCAAAGACAAGAUCCUCGCACGAGGAAGUGCCUUGACAUUCAAUUCUACGACAUCUUUCUCAUGGGCAACGGUCGCUUUCAGACUCCCGCCCGUACACGGGACGGGGGGAGUCACCGGAGCAUGGCAACGCUGAGAUGAGAUCGUCCCUCUCAUUGGCCAAAUUAUCACGUGUGUUUUGGCUCGAUUCCUUAGUCAUGACUACAUCGGUGCAUUCUGGUCGCGUGGCGGAUGAUGAAAACAUCUUUAUUUGCAGAGGACAGUGGAUUGGGUUGGUUGAUCUGAUCUUUUAUUUAAUUUUUUUGCCAACGUGUGUGAUUCACAGUGGCACUUUAACUUGUCUUAGAGUUAACUUUAACUUACGUUGUGCAAUCUGAGCUGAUGGAUACACUGCGCAGAUCAACCUCAAAAACACAAUCUAAGCCAAUGGUUUGGAGCGAUGCCUAUAAAUGUUGUUUCUUCUUCUGUUUACUAUAUGAAACGUGUUAUUUUGCGCUGAGUUUACUGAAGAAUACAUUUAAAAAAACACAAAAAACAAAAACAAAUGUGAAUGUUUACAGUAUAUCGUUAAGGGUUUUUUUUUCUUCUGCUACUCUCCAAGAAAAAUAAUGACUUGUGGGCAUUUUGAUUAAGAUAAAAUAAAGCACAAUAAUUUUAA